GGGCAAUGGUUUGUUCAUGGGCUGACUUUACCAGCCAACUUGGCAGAAGUGGACAGCUAUUUAUACAAGAAGCAAAGAGCUCGCUUUGAUAAUCUUGUCAAGAAUGGGAAACACCGUGUGAAUACAACGGUGAUCAUUGACACGGAUAGAGCCAAGAAUAUACAGAUCGAAUCCACUGCCGAAAUGAUUUGGCCUCGUCUGUUAACGCGGAAUUCGGUGCAUUUCCCAUUAACUGCACUUGGCAAUUUUACGAUAGUGAAUCUCACCUUGGCGAAUCCGACAUCGGUUCCUAUAGCAGUACAAGUCAUUCCGCUAGUGAUUUAUCCAGAUGCUGACGCUGUAGUAGAGUUUUUUCGCGAGCACCUUAUCACACCGCUUACUUCUGAGGUGGAAAUGAACGAAACACUAAUGUUUUCCUUACGCGAUACUGAGCUGUUCACUCUAAAGCCUGAUAGCCCCGUACCAAGAUUACGGGAGGAACUCGAAGCUGCCAUACCACAGACUGUUCCAAGGUUCACUUUGUCACUGCUGUUAAAACCUCACAUGAAGGUCCGCUUACGACUAGGUUUUCUGCCAUCGGACUACACUCUUCGAUCAUCUCUGUUACUCAUUAGGAACAAUUUGACGGUGAUUGAACCCGUUGUGGUGUAUGGCAGAGGGGCACGAAUCGGUAUGCGUGUGGAAAAUAUGGAAGCACGCUCAAAACAACCUCUACUUUUUGAAAUUCGUCAUGAUCAUCUGAGCGACUGUAACAAUCCCAAACGUUUGAUGCAUAAACUCAGUUCUACACUCACAGUUCGUCGUCCGUUUUCGGUGAUGAACUCAGGAGAGGUGCCGUUUACUGUGGUUAACAUGAGUAUCAACGGUGUGCCCUGUGAAAACCGUGGUUUUCGCAUCCUCAACUGCUAUCCGUUUCGUCUCCAACCGAAUGAGACCUAUUCUCUUGAUGUCGCAUACACACCAGACUUUCUGACUACUACAAAUGAGGCGGAUCUUCAGCUUUACAUGCAUAUGAAUGGCAGCUCAUGGUUAUUCCCGUUGGCGGCAACAGUUCCUGAGGAUAUGUUGGCUAGAUGUCAUCGAGCCCUACCACGUCCUCCAUUCGAAAAUCUUAUGUACUACAGCUGUGUGACCGCUCAUUGUUUCUGCUUGGUUUGUGUAUUGGCGUGCGCAUAUUUGGAAGGUGAUAGAGCUAUUGCUUGUGCAAUUCGACAACACCACUCCACACCUCGGACGGUCUUCGAUUUGAACAACUUGGACGGUAAAAGGAAUGGAAGCACGUCUUCUGCACAAGGCAGCAGUCACAGUGGCAACGGGAAGAGCACAGCGGCUGAUGCCUCGAUGGUCUUACGAAUCUUCUACCAAGCAGCCAACUCGGUAUUGAGAGCGGUGCACUUCGUGUGGCGACUUUCGUUGCUUUAUAGAAACGACAAGCAAGAUCAACCCAAGAAGGAGAACAAGAGAAAAAAGAAAGCGCAAGUGUCCAUUAUACACUCCAAAGUGAAAGACAUGAAAGAAAAGGACAAAGAUGGCAUCAAAGAAAAUGCGAAGCUAUCAAUGUCUCCAAAGGCACCUACCAAUCAGCGAAAGAAAAGCGGAGGAUUCACUGAAGCUGAUCGGCGACUGGCACGUGCCCAACAGCUCAUGGAUGCCGACCUGGAACGGCACCCCAUUUUGACAUCCGAGACAACUCCGCCCAUGUCCACGUCAGAUAGCUCGAGCGUAAAUGUUCAACCUUCUGUUCGGCCCGUUGCAGCGAAGCGCGAGGAGAAACGGCGCGAAAGUGGUGAAAGGAAUGAGCAUGUUCAUCAAUUACCACAGCCUGUUCCUGUCGCUCCUGUACAACAGAGAAGAUCCACGUCGCCGAAGGAAACGGAUUCAAUGGCGGCCCCUCCAUCUCCAUCCACCCCAACGACUGCGACCUCCGUUUUUUCUGCUUCGUAUAAUCCAUCCACAUCGAGCACCAUGACCACAUCUAUGCCUAUGUCGCGGCCAUCCGUCAUUCCUGUAUCCGCUGUUCAUCCGACGGUUUACCCAACAGCGAUCACCGGAACUGAGCCCAUUCCUAUACCAGUUAUGCUGCCUGUGAUUCCAACUCUAAUACCCGGUCUAACGUUACCCAUCGGUGGAAUGGAUAUGACAAAUGUUUCUCUGGGAGCACUGGCUGAGUACUAUGGUCAAAUCAGUGCCUAUGACGACUCAAAUAUGCCAGCCACCCCCACACCAUCACUGGCCUCCAGCGUUGGGACCGAUCGAACGGGUGGGCUACGAGAAAUGAAUACUCCUGAGUUUGCCCGUUCUCGACGUCACAGCGAAAGUGAGCAGAGUGUUGCGAGUGAGCUAAGUGCCGCUCCUGACUGGCUCGAUGAAGUUGUGGGACCAGACGAUGUAGAUGACGACUUUUCGGCUAUGGCAGCGGCGAGCGAAUUCCUGAUGAGUGCAUCUGGCGAAGAUGCGGGUAGUAGCAGAGCUCAAACACCUCAGCCACUCGCACGAUCUGCCAAUACGCAGCACCAACAGAAAAGGCGCACUCGUCGUGAUAAGCGGCGACGUCGCGGAAGGAGCAGCGGAAACGAAGGCGCUAGCAGUAGUGAUAAGUCGCAUCGCAACGCGAUUGGUGCUGAGCGUGUUCCAAAGAAAACCCUGGCUGCUGAGCUGAACGAAGAACGACGCCGAAGAGAAGAUGAGUACUUGAGGAACAACAACGCAGGUGGUCUUGGCGAUUGGCCAAUGCCGGACCUUCACCUGGGCUCGCUCAUUGAAGCUGACGAGAGAACUAGCGCCAGCUCAAGGCUAUGGCCUCCUACACCGAUUGGGUCACGUUCUUCACUUGCUGGCCAGUGGAACGAACACUCGAAUGCUAUGUCAUCUUCUACUGCUGCUCCAGAUAUGUCAUAUGAUCCACUGUCGCUCGGAUUGUCGCUAGGACCUACUGUUGCACCAGUGGAUGCGAAUGCUCCGUUCAACAUUUUCGCAGGCGCCGACUUCAGUCUAUGGUCGAACGCCGGCUUUGGUGACACGCAUCAUUCGUGGAGCAACAAUGGCGAUAAGCCCGAUGCGAAUUAG